AUGGCCAGUUCGGGGCAUGCAGUUGUUGUUUGGGAAUAUGAGUCUCGUGGUGGACGAUGGUUGCCCUACAGCCCUGCUGUGUCCCAGCACCUUGAACGUGCCCAUGCAAAGAAGCUCACGCGUGUCCUGCUCAGUGAUGCUGAUCCCACAAUUGAUCAAUUCUACGUGAAUGUACGCACAAUGACACAAUGCUCUGAGGACAUUGAUUUCCCCCUCAUAAAUGUCCGGAGGAAGUUCUACAAGCCAACAUCACCAGCUGGUAAAGGCACAAAGUGGGAGUGGGCCGGUUCGACAAGCUCAGACUGGCACAGCUACAACAUGGAAGUGCAGUGUGUGAUCGAAGAAGCGUGGGCGAAAGGCGAACAAACAUUGGAUCUCAAUAAAACCCACCUUGGGCUCCCAAUUGUGAUCAACUUCUGCAAUCUCACCCAAAUUCGACAUCCAAACGGUCCAGUACGCACCAUUAGACGCAUCCAGCAGGCACCCUAUCCAUUGGUCAAAGUACCUCCGGAAUCCAUUCCAGGACUCCAAAUGCCACCAAGACGCAAUCCCGCCAGUCCUCCGUGUGGCCCACAGCAACCUCCACUGCCGAUGAUCCCAUCAAAAUCCACCACGCAAUCGCAGCAACCUCGCCCAGGACCAUCAUCUACACAACCCAUGCCCAUUCCAUCCACCAGCGGUGUCCCCGGGAAGCCACGCUUGGUGAAAACAACCAAAUCAAAGCCAGGCUCAAGUGGAGAAAGUGCCACGAAUCUCGCACGACAGAUACUCAAUAAUCUCAACAUUUUCGGCACAAAACCCGGAUCAAAUCCACAACCGAAUGGUGGUCAGAAUCACGAUGGUCAUCAGCGUAGUUCAUCAAUGCACAGAUCACGUUCACGCACACGCAACGGGUCGUUGUUGGAUACGGAUUCCAGCAGUACAAAGAGUGGCCGCAGGCGGCCAAGUGUGGACACAGUGUCCACAUACCUAAGCCAUGAGAGCAACAAAAGUGAUCGCAGCCAAAUGAGUCAAACUCUGGGAUCAGUUUCUGAUCUCUUGGAUUGCUCAAUUGGCAGUGAUGAUGUCUUCACCAGCAAUAGCCACAUUUCCGGAUCAAUUGUUGGUGUAGAUCCGGCCAGUGACAUGAUAUCGCGCUUUGUGCGCGUUGUUGACCCACCAAAGUGGCCACAUGCCCAACCUUGCCCAAUGUGCAUGGAGGAGUUGCGGCACAAUCCCCAGAAUCCUGCCAUAUCACUCAUUCGCUGUCAGCAUCUCAUGCAUCUCGAAUGCCUCAAUGAGAUGAUUAUUAAUCAGCAGAAGGAGAACCAAUCGCAAGCUUUAUAUAUCGAAUGUCCUGUCUGUGGGAUUGUUUACGGGGAAAAGAUUGGCAAUCAACCGUCUGGUACGAUGUCAUGGGUCAUCAUUCCAAAGAGUUUACCAGGACACGAUGGACAGAAUACGAUACAGAUCGUUUACAACAUUGCUUCCGGUGUUCAGGGACCUGAUCAUCCACAUCCCGGACGAGCUUUUUUUGCUGUAGGCUUCCCGAGGACUUGCUACCUUCCAGACUGUCCUCUUGGCAGGAAGGUUCUUCGAUUUCUAAAGAUUGCAUUUGAUCGAAGACUCCUCUUCUCUAUUGGACGCUCAGCCACAACGGGUAGAGAAGAUGUAGUCCUAUGGAAUAGUGUUGAUCACAAAACUCAGUACUCAAUGUAUCCCGAUCCAGGAUACCUUCAGCGAUGCAUGACACAAUUAAUUCAUUUAGGAGUGACUGAUUAACUAAAGACAAAUCAAAAGCAUCCCUUUCACUUUAAGUUAUUCUCAUUUUUCUUCCAAGAAGUACAUAUUAUUCUAUGGAAUUUUUAGUUAUACAUAUUUUAAUUAAUUCCACAUAAAUCAUAAUCAUUCAUUAAUAAAUAUAUAUAUUUUAGGAUUGACCAAAGUGCAAGUAUUUAUAUGAAAAAAAAUCCUUCAAUAUUUUAAUCUGAUUUAGGGAAUCUCAAUUGCAAAACUUUGUAGUGCAGCUAAUAAAUGGUAUUAUAUAUAUUGCAAUUUACUAGCAUUGUAAGUAAUUAAGAAACUCCACACAAGCAAACAAAAAAAAUGUGUCAAAUUUAUGUGCCUUCCCAUAGUAGGAAAAAUAAUUAAAUUCGUAUGAAUUAGGUAAGAGAAGAAAACAAACUUUAGCAAUAUACCUAUUUCUUUUAGAUCUAUCAAGUGCAAGACAAAGUCUGAUGAUGACAAUUUUAGUGAGAUUUUUUAAACAGGGAUAUCAAUCAUGAGAAAAGCUCUGUUGCUCCUUUUACUUUAAGGUCUGUUUCUUAAGAAAAAAUGAAAUGGAGAAAAGGAGUUCAUUCGUUUUUGGAUGGGAAAACUAUUUGGUCGAGGAAAUAAUCGGUAAAAACGUAAUAAUUAUGCGGAAGAUCAAAAAAAAGAAUAAGAAACCAUCCGAAACUUUUCAGCUCCCUAAGAAUAAGUGAAAAAUCACAAAAAUUUCCCCAAAAAUGUAGAGAAUGACGUCAUAAUUGUGUUUCAUUCUCUUUUUAUGCAUGAAACAAAUCAUUUAAAUGCUUCGUUGAUGAUUUUCAAUAGUUUUCAAUGCUUCAUCUAUAUAAUAAAGAAAGGCCUGUUUGUUGGUAAUCGUCGUUCCGACUUUUUUAUACAAAUCCACACCGUUUGUCCAAUCGCGAUGAAAUUUGGUACAGAGGCUCCUUAUAACAGGCGGUUUCAGAUGGCCGUAUUCAUUUUCCCCCCAAAGCCCCCCUUCAGGUAGCCCCCAUAGAGAUUUCAUGCAGUUUUUGCAAAUUUUUGAAUUUGGCGCCUGAAAUGUUGUAUGAAAAUGAUUUCUUCUCUUUGCUAUUUUUUUUCUUUUUCGUUCGAUGAGAGCUUCCCAUCUUCUAUAUAAUAAAGAAAGGCCUGUUUGUUGGUAAUCGUCGUUCCGACUUUUUUAUACAAAUCCACACCGUUUGUCCGAUCGCGAUGAAAUUUGGUACAGAGGCUCCUUAUAACAGGCGGUUUCAGAUGGCCGUAUUCAUUUUCCCCCCAAAGCCCCUCUUCAUGUAGCCCCCAUAGAGAUUUCAUGCAGUUUUUGCAAAUUUUUGAAUUUGGCGCCUAAAGUAUUGUAUGAAAAUGAUUUCUUCUCUUUGCAAGUUUUUUCUUUUGGGUUUGAUAAGUGGCCCAAAUCUGCCUUUAAACCAUCACAAUUUAUUUUCUCUCUAAAAUUUGCGCGAAGCGCAACAAAUCCCCGCGAAGCGGGGCGAGGUAAAUUGGAGCGAAGCGACAAUUUACCUCGUGUAAUAAAAGAUACAAAAAACGUAGGGAUGACGUCAUUGAUUGUAUUUUUAAGCAAAAAUAUUUUUGGCUGUUCCUAGUUGAUCUCUGUGGAAAAUAUGAAGUUUCUUUGGCGAAUUUUUUAAUGUUUUUGAAUCCUCUACUACAUUACACGCGUGUCCUGAUUAUUUCCCACGAACAAAGGACUUUUCCAUACAGAAACGAAUAAUCUCCUUUAACGACUAAUUAACUCUACUUCAGAAGUAGUCAGAAAAUAAAAUAAUUAACUAUAUACAAUUAAAAAUACAAUUUUUGAAGCAUUAAACAAUUUUCCAAGACUUUCCAGAUAGGUACUUUUAAAGAUUCUAAGCUAUUUUUAAUGAAAAGACUGCGAGCACAGAGCUUUUCUUACGAGUGAUAGCUUAUUAAAACAAUUACACUAUUACAACUUGUAAUAAGAGUGCCAAUAAUAGAAUUAUUAGCCUUAAGAAAAAAAUAUGUAUGCCAGAAAAGAACAAAUUAUAAAGUGAGAAAAAAAUAUUAUCAUGAUAAAUUGAAUUGAAAUGUGAUUUUGACAAAAAGACAAACAAAAUUGUUGAGAAAGAAAAAGGAUGGAGAUUGUAAAAUGUUUUUAAUGGAUUCGCAAAAAAAAGGAAUAAAGAAUUAUAUAUAAAUUGCA